AUGUCCCUGUGGAAGAGUACUCCUCAGAGUUUGAUUAAUUGGUGUACAGAUGAUCAUUCAGAUGGACAUUCUCCGACUCAAGUGUUCCGCUCGCCCGAAGAAUUACAUCUUUCAUUCGAGAGUACGGAACUACUGAUGGACAAUCGGCAUGAAAUUUCGGGUGAAAAAAUAGUGCAACGUUUUGUACGGUCCUCACGCAGCGUACCUCCUUCCCCUGUGCUUCUAACCAGUCCAAAACUCAAACUUCGGUCGCGAAGAUCCAGGACUCUGCUUAGUCGAAAUUGGGAUAGGAAUAAUUCGACGAACUGUGUAGCAUUCAGGGAUGGAUCUCCUACAUAUUCAUUCAUACCUCCCGCGCGUCACUCUGAGUCUUCUACAUCUCUCACACCAAGCUCGAAUUCUCACAGUGAAACAUUUACCGAUCGUCCGGAUUCUGUGAAUUUUCGUCAAUCUACUGAUAGCUACAGUAGCCGAUGCCAUUGUUCAAGGGGACGAAGGGCUGUGCACAAAGUGAGGAAGGCCGAUGCAUCUUACGGGCAUCAUCUAAACGAGUCCUUUUCUUCUAAAACGGAUUUUUUAUCCUGUGGAACCGAAACGACACUUAAGAACAAUCAAGAUCUACCUUCCACUACAAAAGAUCAAUCAGGUUCAAAUGUUAACACUGCGACUGGAUUGAUUCAACAGUCAAAACCCUAUACACAACUGUCAUUCCUACAACUUAAUAAGUAUGCUGUGGAUGACUGUUCAUCCUCUGUAAUAUGGCCAACUCCAGUCCCAGUCAAAUCCGUUAAUACCAGUCAAUUUACAGGUGUUGAUUUUGAAACCAUAGAUGUGUUCAAAUAUCGGAGACAGUAUCCUUCGUUGCUGGGGUGGAUGCGAAACUACUUGCAAUAUUUCGGUCAGCAGGUUUCAUCUUAUAGCAGCCUGCCCGCGAAGCCGAUUGCUUUACUCACAGAAACCUCAGACAGCUUUAUACAAGACGUACUGAGAAAACGGAAGAAAAGAAUGGAGUCUUUUACAUUAACUGAACAAGGAAAAUUUACAAGUAGCUCCAUGGUGGAGAUAGAUAAUGCACCAAACUAUGAUGUUCAGCGAAACCAGUUGUGGAAGAGGCGCUAUCAUAGCCUCCUAAAUGCUAUCGAUCUGGUUUAUAAAGACCACCAACUGUUAUAUUACGUUUCUCGUGAAGGUCUCUUCGAGUGUGUUUCAACCGUACCCGCAAUUCCUGCUAUACCGUUCCCGAGAGGAUCCAAGUUACCCACACCCCAAACGUUGCAAUCUCACACUCAGCUGUUUAACGAAGCAACGGUGAAUGCGGAUCCAGCCGGUCAGCUCUCGGAGCUUGUAACGCAGUUGCUAAUUAGAAUGGGUAUUCAAGAAACCCGACGAGAGGGCCUACAUCGCUUGUGGCCAUGCAGUUUCCUCAUAUCCGUUGGGUUCCUCAGUGACGUAAUUGCUCAGCGGCGAAUUCUGCGGACUGACUUAGACCGUCGUUUAGCUUUACGCGACAGACUUCUAUACGUACUCCGACAAGCCAGAGAGCAACGAUCAAUGCUCAAACAAUACGCAAUGAAACAACGUGAGCUUCUGACGACAUUGACCGAUAAGCUUGAGAUUGUUAGACGUCGACACUACCCUGUGUCACCGAUUCAAGACCAACCAUCCUCGAUUGAUGAUGGUCUUGUAAAUAAUAUCGAUAGUCCAUUUAUCGAUUGUGGUAAUGUGGAAAGUGAACUGACCAACCGAAUUUCACUUCCGAUUGAAAAUUCCCCUGAAAUCACUGAGCCCGCUAAAACAGACUUGGAUUCAAAUGACCAACAAGGUUUUGAUUAUCGCCAUCGCCGUUCUGAACUUCAGCAACAAAUAGCUAUUCUCGAACGUGUUCUAAAGGAAGAAGAAACUCGUCGGAAACGGCUACAUAAUAGAAUUCAGGAGCUGACUGGGAAUAUCCGUGUUUUUUGUCGCCUUAGACCUGAGGACUCCGAACUCCCUGGGAAGGGGGAUAGCACCAACCCACCGAAACCCUACUUACGCGUAAGCUCAGACGACAAGUUGCUGUUCUGCUCGGAAACGCUGAGGGAGCUACUUCCUACACAAAGCCGUGCUCCAUGGAGUAAAACAGGCUGUGCCGCUCGCACUCUUCCCAAUACUGCUGUUACGACUACUCUUGGCGGUGUAUAUGCAAACAUGGUUGGGUCACCAAAAUGCUUCAUUUUUGAUCGAGCAUUCGGUCCAAGUUCUACACAGGAUGAUGUAUAUCAGGAAGUGGAUGACUUAAUUGUUUCUUGUAUUGAUGGAUAUAAUGUGUGCAUCAUGGCCUACGGACAGACAGGCAGCGGUAAAACCUACACCAUGAUGGGUACACCGGAUAAUCCGGGUGUGAAUAGACGGGCUAUCCGUAGCCUUUUUGAACGAUGCAAUAAACGCAAGCAAUGGGCCUAUUCCAUCUGGGUGAGUAUGGUGGAGAUAUAUCAGGAAGAUGUUUUUGACCUACUAGGAGAUGCUUUACAAAAGACGAAAUCAGCUGGCAGCGAAUCCAGACAACUCAGUCCAUCUAGAAGCCAAUCGACCAGUCGGGAACAACAGCAAGUUAACAGUGGUACCGAUAAAUGGAAACAAUCCGCACCGCGGAGUAGUUGGACCAACCGUCCCAGCAGUUCCACUUUUGGUUUCAGCUCUGGGCGACCAGUUCGUCGUCGUGGAUCAGUGCGAAUAAUGUCCAACAAUCUGGAUGGAGUUGUCCUGCAAAAUCUCCUAGAACGUGAAGUACACAACGAACAGGAGACUUUCCACUAUUUGGAGCUUGCAGAGAAACAACGUCGAGUUGGUGCUACUCGACUAAAUAUCUGUAGCUCAAGGUCCCACCUUGUGAUUCUGUUAAAAAUCAAUGGUGAGAACAAAUUCCACUUGACCACCAGUAGAGGCAGUUUGACACUAGCCGAUUUAGCUGGGUCAGAAAACGUGACCAAGUCAGGCUCAACGGGUGAACGUUUCAUAGAGGCUGCGUGCAUCAACAAAUCACUCAGCUCGCUUGGACGUGUGUUUGAUGCCUUAAGGCGCCAACAAAAGCCGGCGUAUAGAGAGACCAAACUGACUUAUUUGUUGCGACCGAAUUUGGGCGGUGAGUCGAAGUGUCUGCUUUUUGUCGCUCUUCGCACAGAACCAGAGCAUGCUGAAGAGACAUGGCGUGCGAUUAAUUUUGGCCAGGGGGCAUUGCAGGUGGUUCCCGGUGGAAGCGAUCCGAGCAAGACACGCGCAGGAGACAACCAACAUAGCGAAGCCUCAUUGCUCUCCUCGAUUAGAGCCCGUAGAACUGCACACCCACCCUUGUUUCGCUGCAUAGCUCCGAACCGAAAGGUGAAAGAAGUUCGUCAGGGUAGUAAAUUGUAUUCUGGAGGGACUGGCUACCUUCCACAAGCGGUAUACAGUAUGGGACCAGCAAUCACAAAACAAGGGUGGAAGUAG